AUAUACAUCCUCAACUACGAGUGCUACAAACCCUCCGAAGCUCUCAAGCUCGACACUUCGGCCUCGUGCAGGGUCGUCCUCCGCAACCCAAACCUCGGGUGGGAGCAGUACAAGUUCCUCCUCAAGACCAUCAUCAGCUCCGGCCUCGGUGCGGAGACCUACAGCCCUCCCAGCGUCGUCGCUGGAAGAGAAGCUGACCCCUCCCUCCCCGACUCCCUCCAAGAGCUCGACCACAUCUUCUACCAAACCCUAGACAGCCUCUUUGCCAAAUCCCGGGUCUCGCCUCAGGAGAUCGACAUCCUCGUCGUGAACGUCUCCUUGCUCUCCCCCUCGCCCUCGCUGUCGUCGAGAAUCAUCAACCGGUAUAAGAUGAGGCCUGAUGUGAAGGCGUUUAACCUCUCCGGGAUGGGCUGCAGCGCUAGCCUCAUCGCGGUCGACCUCGUUCGCCAUCUGUUUAAGGUUUAUGAGAAUGCGCUCGCUGUCGUUGUCAGCACCGAGUCUCUCGGCCCUAAUUGGUAUCGUGGCGUGGACAAAUCGAUGAUGCUCUCGAACUGCCUAUUCCGAUCCGGUGGCUGCUCUAUGCUUCUGAUUUUUUUGUCAACUAAUGAAGUACUAUAUGUCUCAUUUUGCAGAGAAAGUGGAGUAAUUUGGGCUGUGAUCGAUGGGGUCGGGAAGAGUCUCGGGCUGAGCGAGUACGACCUCGAGCCGGCCUGGAUGGCGCUCCCCCGCUUCGGCAACACCUCGGCUGGCGGGCUGUGGUACGUGCUCGGGUACAUGGAGGCGAAGAAGCGGCUGAAGAAGGGCGACCGGAUCAUGAUGAUCAGCUUCGGAGCUGGCUUCAAGUGCAACAAUUGUUUGUGGGAAGUUCUCCGAGACUUGGAAGAUCCGAAUGUGUGGGAAGAUUGCAUCGAUGGAUACCCUCCGAAGAGCCUCGCGAAUCCCUUCGCGGAGAAGUAA